AUGUUACGUUUCAAUGGACAAUUAUGGACCAUUCUACUCUCAUCAUCAUCAUCAUCAUCAUCAUUAGAUAAUCGUAAUAUAUAUCAACGUCAGGAAGGAUCUCAUCAUCAUCGACAUCGUUCACAAGAUUCAUUCAUGUCUAUGGUUUCUUCAUCUGGUGGAAGUGACGGUUGUCGUACGCCACUUGAAAUGGAUGAAUAUUUACCCCUUGGCUAUCCGUCUCCUUAUGAUGAUGAUAAUAAUAAUGAAGGUGAUGAUAAGGUAUCCAAGAUCUCAAAAGGCAAGAUGAGAAAAAAGAAAAAGGUCAAUCAUCCACCUAGAAAUAAAAAGGAUAAGAAAAGGCAACAAGAGACACCUCCAUCAUCGCCAUCAACACAGGAAGAUGAAUCAUCCAUAUUAUCGUCACCCUUGUUGGCAGGCAGGAAAAGAAGAGGUAAUUUACCCAAAUCUAUCACAUGUUUAUUGAAAGAAUGGUUAGUGCGUCAUGUCGAUCAUCCUUAUCCCACCGAUAAUGAGAAAUCCUUUUUACAACAAGAAACCCAAUUGACUAUUAAUCAAAUCAGUAAUUGGUUCAUCAAUGCCCGACGUCGUCUCCUGCCUUAUUUGGUUGCCUCUCCGUUGCAUGGUUAUGAUAUGAAAAAGAAACAAGAUAGAUCGGGGGUACCGAAAACGUCAAAAAAGAUGAAUAUGAUCAAAAAACGUACAUCCACUUUUUCUCAUCGACCUAAACGAACUUGUCGACAAUCCCCUCACUCUAUCCAACAUGACGAUGAUGCUGAUGAUGAUGAUGAUGAUGAUGCUGGACCCUGGAUAGAUUGA